CACAAAGCACAUGGUCGUUCAAACAUGUGGAAGGAACUGUAGUGUUUUCAUUCAUUUAUUUACUACGUACCGACACACUUCAUUCACCAAAAUGGAUGACAUAAGGAAGGACGAGCGGUUUGCUCACAUCGUCAAGGAUCCCCGGUUUCGGACGAUGCCAAAGAACAAGAAAAGGGUAAAAAUCGACAAACGAUUUCAGUCAAUGUUCACUGACAAGAAAUUCAAGCUGAAAUAUUCAGUGGACAAGCGGGGCAGGCCAAUUCAGUUUACGACAAACGAAAAUCUGAGGAAGUAUUAUGAGUUGUCAGAUAACGAUGAAGGCGACUCUGCAGAUGAGGAUGAAGGCGACAGUGACGGUUCUGACGAAGAGAGUAAAAUGAUUGCGAAACUGCAAAAGAAAGUGGAAACGAAGUCAAAAUCGACACACAAGAAGGAAACUAAAGCGAAAAAGACUAAUGGUACAAAGAGAGAACAAAAUACUAGUUCUGUCAAACAUGCAAGCACAAAGAAGAAGAAAAUGAGUCGCCAACCAAGUAGUGAGGAAGAACUGGAUCAGUCAGAAGAAGAGUCCAGUGAGGACAAUUUGAACGUUUCCAAAGGUAACAAAAAAAAAGUUAUUAGAAGUGUAAAUAAAACAGACAUUGUUGAUGAAGUAAGCAGUGAUGAUGUUGAAGAUGAUGAUGAUGAUGACUCGGACGACGAGUCCGGUGACCUGGGUGACUCUGUGCCUAAAGUUGGGGCAGAUGAACCAGAUUAUGCUCGUGGUGAGGGGUUGAUUGAGAGUUCAACCGAUGAUGAUGAUGAUGAUGAUGAUGAUGAUGAUGAAUUGGAGGAGGAAGACGAUGGAUUUGAUCACAAGUGGGGCGAGCUGGACAAGGGAGUGCCAGAAGCAGAAGAGUUGAGUCAUCGUCUGGCUAUUUGCAAUAUGGACUGGGAUAGGAUCAAGGCUGUUGAUUUAUUUGUGUUAUUAAACUCAUUUAAGCCCUCUCAUGGUGUGAUCAAUUCUAUCCGUAUCUACCCAUCCGAGUUUGGGCUUCAGCGUUUGAAAGAGGAGGAAAUGUACGGUCCGACAGAGCUGAAGGAAAGUGGCCAGGAAGUGGAUGUGGAUGAAGAAGGACAAGAGGAUGAGAAUGAAGAGAGUCCGUAUCAUCGCGAAAAACUUCGUCAGUAUCAGCUGAACAGACUGAAAUAUUACUAUGCUGUUUUAGCGUGUGAUUCAGUGGCAACUGCUAGUAAGAUUUAUGAUGAAUGUGAUGGUAUGGAAUAUGAAACAAGCUCUGCUCGCAUGGAUUUGAGAUACAUACCAGAUGAUAUGACAUUCGAUGAGCCUGUUAAAAACGAGUGCCUUACCCUCCCAGAUGCGUCAACAUACAAACCCCCUGCAUUUUUCACUUCCGCUUUGUGUCAGUCAAAAGUUAAUCUAACGUGGGACGAAACUGACCAGGACAGAGUGAAAGUGACCAUGAAAAAAAUGGACAAAAAUGGGGAGAUAAAUGAGGACGAUUUCAAGGCCUAUCUGGCAUCAUCAUCUGAGGAUGAAGCUCAAGGCUAUGGUGGUCCGAUAGCUCAGUCAGAUGAAAGUGAUGAAUUUUCAGAUGAGGACAGGCAAAUUGAGAAAUAUAAGAAUUUGUUGAAAGAUAUUGAUGAGUCAUCAAAUCGUAAAGGGGACAUGGAAAUGGAGAUAGAAUGGGAGCCAGGUUUGAAGGACACGACCGAUGACAUUGUGAAAACUAAGAAAAAGACAAAAGAUCAGACUCCAUGGGAGGAGUAUCAGCAGAGGAAGAAGGAGAAGAAGAAACAGAAGAGGGAGGAGAUGAAGAAAGUGCGACUCGAUAAGAAGGAAGGAAGGUCCGGAGAGAAGGCGUUCAGCGAUGACGAACUCCCGGCAGACUUAGCCGAUAGUUUCUUCACUGAUGCAUUAAGUAGUGGGAAGCUAGAAUCUUCCAAGAAGAAGAAAAAGAAGAAAGGGAAGAAGGACUUGACAGAGGAAGAACAAGAAAUGUUGAAGAAGGACCAGGCCGAGCUGUCUCUGUUGAUGAUGGAUGAAGAGGAUGGGAGUCGUCAUUUUAACCUGGGUGAUUUGGUGGUGGAGAAGAAGAAGAAGAAAAAGAAGAAGCGACAGGAGGAAGACAUGCAACAAAAGAAGGGGGAUGAUUUUGAGAUUGACAUGAAUGACAGUCGGUUUGGAGCUAUAUUUGACUCCCACGUGUUCAAUAUUGAUCCCUCUGCUCCAGAAUUUAAGAAGACAAAAGGCAUGGAAGCAAUUAUUCAGGAGAAAUUGAAGCGGAGGAAGAUUGACGGUGGUGUUAGUGAGAGGAAGAAGGCUAAGGUAGAGAUGGAGAAGAGAGAAGCAAGGGAUGAGCUGAUGCCAGUCAAGGAAAUGUCCUUGUCCUCGCUUGUGAAAUCUGUGAAGGCAAAAACUCAGCAGUUUCAAACCAAAAAGAAAAAGAAAUGAUGUUCAUGAUGAUAGAUUAGAUAAUUAUUUCAUAAUUUAUAGAGAAAAGGAUGUCCAGUCCGAUCUUUGUAAAUGAAGGAUAUGUAUAUGCAUGAGUAGACAGCCCAGUUAUGAGAUAUUUUUUUUAGUUUACUUAAGUUGUGACAAAGACUAAAAAGUGUCGAAACAUGGCCAUGUCUAAAGUUAGAUUCUGGAAAGUUGAUUGGCACAAGUCGAAAUGUAGGAGAAACACCCAUAAAAUCUUGAAAAUACAUUGAGUGUAAGGGACCUACCAUUUGAUGGGGAGGGGGGGCUUGAAUGUUGUAUUGAGACCAGAUAUUGUUUCAGCUACAGCUGCAGAAGCAGAUAGAUUAAAUUUAUGAGCCUGCAGAAUUGAUACUUUUUGGAGUUAAAGAGAACAUAAAAACAGAUAAAGUGUUUGAUUUACUUUUACUAAUUGCAAAAUACUAUAUUUAUAGAUGCAAAUUCCAAAAUACAAAACCUCAUGUUUAUAAAAAGGAAGCUUUUUCAAGAUACAACAUUGAAAAAGAUAUUGCUUUCAAGACAGGUAAUCAACAGAAAUUCUAUGGUGCUU